CUAAGAGGUUAUGGCUUGCCAUUGAAACAUGUAGAGAGUGAUGUGCAUUGACGACCUGCGUCGCCUGACCGGGUAUCAGGGAAUGAUAUAGAUGUUGAAAAGGGCCUUCAUUCCCAACUUUCGAUAGCUUGGGGUGAAAGGUCCAGCACCCAAGUCUUAACUUCAGGAUCCUGUUGAUUACGGAAUUUCCACUGGCCCAUUAUGCUUCCCUCGAUCUCUCUCCUCCUCGCCGCUGCACUCGGCACUAGCGCCCACUACACAUUUCCCAAGGUGUGGGCAAACAGCGGAACAACUGCCGACUGGCAGUAUGUUCGCAAGGCGGAUAACUGGCAGAACAAUGGCUUUGUCGACAAUGUGAACUCGCAGCAAAUUCGAUGCUUCCAAUCCUCCCACAGCCCUGCCCCGUCAACUCUCAGUGUCGCCGCUGGCACCACCAUCACAUACGGCGCAGCUCCCAGCGUCUACCACCCGGGGCCAAUGCAGUUCUACCUGGCCAGAGUUCCGGACGGCCAGGAUAUUAACAGUUGGACCGGAGAAGGUGCUGUUUGGUUCAAGAUCUAUCACGAGCAACCCACAUUUGGCUCACAGCUUACAUGGUCUAGCAAUGGCAAGAGCUCUUUCCCCGUCAAAAUUCCCAGUUGCAUCAAGUCCGGCAGCUAUCUCCUCCGUGCCGAGCACAUUGGACUGCACGUCGCUCAGAGCUCAGGAGCUGCCCAGUUCUACAUUUCAUGCGCUCAGCUCAGCAUCACCGGUAGCGGCAGCACUGAACCCGGUGCUAACUACAAAGUCUCAUUUCCUGGGGCCUACAAGGCUUCCGAUCCCGGUAUUCUGAUCAACAUCAACUAUCCCGUACCUACCUCGUACAAGAACCCUGGACCGAGUGUCUUUACCUGCUAAAAGCCGUCUGAUAUCGGCUUUCCAAUGAGUGGAUAAGGAAGCCAAAAGAGGAGGAAAAUACUCGGCCUUGGUUUGUGAAACCUGAAUACUGUAUUGCAUAGGUUUAAGUAACUCAAGACACCCACUGUUUAUACUCGGCCCUUGACGCUACUCCAUCCAUAUCUCCGGACCAGAUAUUGUCCCUGUCCACCUGAAACCUCACCCCGGGCCAGUGGGACACUCGCUCUGUACUGGAACUUUUGAAAACCACGUCCUCGGUAAUACUUUGCUCCACGCAGUAAUUAUCACUACAAACUCUGUGUUCUGGUUGUGUACUACCAAUCUUCACGCAUCGGCAGUCACUCCUUGCAUCACUCGACGUCAACGGAUUAGGAUCGGAAC